AUGUGUAGGCAAGGAUCAUUUUCAGAUGACCCUACUACUCGUGUGGCAACAUUGGCUGAUUUCUCAAACAUGUUGGCAGUUCCAAUGGCCAUGGGUAUGCGCCGGGGCUAUUUUGCAGUUUAUGUUGGAGACACCCAGAAGCGGAGAUAUGUAGUUCCACAUCUUCCUCAAGUCUUUCCUUUGAAAAAAAGUUUUCUGGCACCUCGUCAUGGGGAUCAGUUUGCCAGGAAAAAGUUGCGGCGGUCUCUAUCUGGUCGCAAGGAAGUAGAUUCUGCACCCUUAGACGUUCCAAAGGGGCAUUUUCCAGUUUAUGUAGGAGAAAACCAAAAGAAGAGAUUCAUCGUUCCACUGUCAUACUUAUCUCAGCCCUCAUUCCAGGACCUGCUGAGUCAAGCUGAGGAGGAGUUUGGCUUCGAUCAUCCAAUGGGAGGCCUCACGAUUCCAUGCAACAAAGAAGUUUUCCUCAGCCUAAUAGAUGGAUGAUCAAUCCUGACUAGAGAACUCCUAGAUAGAUUAGUCAAUACACUUGACACGAUUUUGUAAACAAAUUUUACGACCAGUGUAGAUGUUUUUCCCUCUUGUUUAGGGAGUACUGGUUUAAGGAGAUAGACAGAUUACAAUUG